CCAGACCAGACUAUCAUGAGCACCGCGGAGCUGGAGAACGACCCCUUCUACCUCCGGUACUACACCGGACACCAGGGCAUGCACGGGCACGAGUUCCUCGAGUUCGAGUAUGGGCAGGGCCGGUUGCGCUACGCCAACAACUCGAAUUACCGCAAUGACUCGUUGAUCCGCAAGGAGGUGUAUGUCGGCCCCGCGGUUGCGGACGAGUUGAAGCGCAUCGUGCGCGAGAGCGAGAUCACAAAAGAAGACGACUCGGCGUGGCCGAAGAAGAACGUCGUGGGACGACAGGAGCUCGAGGUCCGGUUGGACAAGGAGCACAUUUCGUUCGAGACCGCCAAGAUCGGCUCGCUGGCCGACGUCAACGAAAGCGCAGACGCAGAAGGUCUUCGCGUCUUCUACUACCUGGUGCAGGACCUCAAGUGUUUCAUCUUCUCUUUGAUCACGCUUCACUUCAAGAUUAAACCCAUCCAACAAUAGUGUCGCAAUACCCGUGUCCAGGGUGUUUACGCGAGUGUGAGAUAGACCGUAUGCAUGUACCAUGAUGUGUUCAG